AUGAUGCGAGUCUUUGAGAUGACUGAUCUUGGAGAAAUGUCUAAUUUCCUUGGAAUAGAAAUCAAGCAAAGACAAAAUGAAAUAUUCAUCUAUCAACAAAAGUAUGCAAAGGAGAUUCUAAAGAAGUUCUACAUGGAUAACUGUAAGAGUAUGAGCACUCCUAUGUGUCAAAAAGAGAAGUUGUGCAAGGAUGAUGAAAUAGCUAAAGUGAAUAAGUCUGAAUAUAGAAGCUUGGUUGGCUGCUUGAUGUAUCUAACAGCAACAAGGCCAGAUAUUAUGUAUGCUGUAAGUGUUCUUUCAAGAUUUAUGAAUUGUGCUAAUGAGUCUCAUCCUAGAGCUGCAAAAAGAGUUCUCAGAUAUGUCAAGGGAGCUGUAAGCUUUGGUGUUAAGUUUUGUUUGACACCAAGCUUCGAGUUGCAAGGUUAUUCUAAUAGUGAUUGGGUCGGGUCUUUAAAUGACAUGAAAAAUACUUCUGGCUUCUGUUCGGAUUAG